AGUACAAAAAUGAUGGGCACAGUCUAGUGACGUUCCUUCUUCUGGUAUAAAUAAGGACCAGGUGUCAACAGACUUAUAGAAGAACACAGAGAGAAACAAGGUGACAUACACAAUGGCCUCCUCCACUUCUCACCAAUCCAGUUUCAAAUGCUCUAUUUGUCUUGAUGACUUCACUGAUCCUGUAUCCACCCCUUGUGGACACAACUUUUGCAAAGUCUGCAUAAACACCUACUGGGAUUCAACAGACAUUAUCCAGUGUCCACUUUGUCAGCAAGACUUCAAGAAAAAGCUGCAGUUAAGCGUUAAUGUCUUGCUCAGAGAGCUCAUUGAGCAAAAACAGACAAACAUUCAGAACGUCCCAGAGAAAGAGACCAAAACUCAAGAUAUUUUUUGUGAUGUGUGUCCUGGAGAGAAAAAGGUGACGGCAGUCAAGUCCUGUCUGCACUGUGAAAACUCUCUUUGUUCUGAACACCUGAAACCACACCAGGAUGAUGCUGAGCUGAAGACUCAUGAGCUGCUGGAUCCUGUUAGCAAACUGAAGGAGAGGGUGUGCAAGCAGCACAAAACUCCUUUGGAACUGGUCUGCCAUCAGGAUCUGACUUGUGUGUGUUUGUUAUGCAUCAAAUCGAACCACCAAGACCACAAGUGUGUCCCUUUGAAGAAUCGCCUGAGGAAGAAGAAGGCCCAGGUAGACAAAGAAUUGGCAGAGGUGCAGCAAGAGAUCAACAACAGGAAAAAGUUGGUAGUAAAGGUUGAGAAAUCAGGGGAAAUCAGUGAGAAAAACACCAGGACAGACAUUGAAGACACCCUGAGGAUCUUCACUCACUUGCAACAAGUGGUAAAGCUAAAUGAGGCAGCAGUUGUGGCUUGCCUCACCUUGUUACAGAGGAAAGCUGAAAAUCGCAGUGAGUCUAUCAAAGAAAAGCUUCAAGAGGAAAUCAGUGAACUGGAGGAGAGAAAAAGUGAACUUGAGCAGCUCUCUCAAAUUGGGGACGAUCUCCAUCUUCUUCAGAGUUUGCAUUCUCUGUGUGAACCACCGAAUACUAAUGACUGGUCGGAGAUCAGUGCCUACAGUGAUUCAGCAGUGGCGACUGUGCGAUGUGCUAUUAAUAAGACACUAAUGGAACUUCACAUUACAGUGAAUGAUGAAAUGAAAGCAUUGGUUACAAAAGAGAUAAAGAGAAUUCAAAAAUAUGCAGUGGAUGUAACUCUGGACUCCAACACAGCAAACAGUCUCCUCAUUGUGUCCAAUGAUGGGAAACAAGUGAGGAAUGGAGGAAUUCCUCAGAAACUGCCAGACAACCCAGAGAGGUUUGACACUCUUCUUGGUGUUCUGGGAAAAGAAGGAUAUUCCUCUGGGUCCUUCUACUUUGAGGUGCAAGUCGAAGGCAAAGCUGGUUGGGACAUUGGGGUUGCCUUGGAAACAGUCGAAAGGAAACAGCGGUCUGAUGUCUGUCUGAGACAAGGCUAUGCUGUCCUGAUGCUGCGGGAUGAGAAGACACUCAAAGCUUGUGACAAGCCCCAAGUGGAGAUUAAUCUCCCCAAGAAGCUCAAAAAGGUCGGGGUGUUUGUCGACCAUGAGGAGGGAGAAGUUUUUUUCUAUGAUGUCGGUAAUAUGGCCCAUAUCUACUCCUUUCCUCGUUGCAGAUUUCCCAAGAAGAAGUUACACCCUUACUUUAACCCCUGCACCCAACAUGAGGGCAAUAACUCAGCCCCAAUGUCAUCAUACUGCAGAUGUGAUGAGACUUUUGUCAGUAAAGAUCUCUGGAGGACAAACAGUAUGCAGACAAGUUUCUGUAGGUCUACGGUAGUGAUCAGUGAUUUUCUCUCUGUACUUUGCAGCAAGGCUGACACCGUGUAAAACUCUGGCUGCAAUGGCAACACACAGAGGAUUCCUGCUGCAGCUUGGAUUUCUGG